GUGAACGGACGUGCGUAGCAGCUGCGCUUCGUUAGCUUUUUGAAAUACUCUGUAACGUAAUCCUGUAAUACUGUGUCGUCAAUUAAGUGCAAAACUCAGGUAUUUCUUCGUCGCGUGUUUGUAAACCUUCCCGUUCUGUUAAUUUCACUCGACUGUGAAGGAACUAAAACACCUGCUACCAAACGUUCCAGCGCAUCGUGUCUGUGUGUGAGCGUAUUUUUUUUUCAAACAUAACCGUCCGUUGAGACAUCAGCUCCGAGAGGCUUUAACGGCGUCGAAGUCCUUGAGGACUUUGCUAUUGAUCUGCACGGAGCGCGAACUCGAGCACGGUGUCGUUUCUUCUCCGCGGCGUAGUACGUGCGGGUGUGUGUUUUUUGUGUUAUCCUAGCACGCCGUAAACGUUCGACAUGUCUGCCGAUGCAGAGCUAUCGUCCAUUCUGAACCGCCGCCAGCAGAUCAACGAUGCACUCGACAACGGACAGGCGGUGAAGCCCACGUUUAAAGUGGUCAACAUUUACACCGAGUUUCACGAGUUCUCGCGGAAGGAAAUCAAGGACUACCAAGCCACCUUCAGCAAGUACGAUGUUGGCAACGACGGAUAUCUCGAUUUGGCUGAGCUGAAGAUCAUGAUGGAGAAGCUGGGUGCUCCACAGACGCACCUCGGCCUUAAGGGCAUGAUCGCAGAAGUGGACGAGGACAAAGAUGGAAAAAUUUCCUUCCGCGAGUUUCUGUUGAUCUACCGGAAAGCACGUGCGGGGGAGCUCAUUUCCGAUUCCGGACUCGGACAACUGGCGCGUCUGACGGAGAUCAACGUGGAUGAAGUCGGUGUCGAAGGUGCGAAGACGUUUUUCGAGGCAAAGAUCGAGCAGCAGUUGCGGACGAACAAAUUCCAUGAUGAAAUUCGACAGGAACAGGAAGAACGACGUCGCAUGGAGGAGGAACGCAUUCUGCGACGGCAGCAGUUCCAGCAACGGGCAGCUGUGUUCCAGUAAUCUGCACCGAUUCGCUCGAAAAGCUGAUCCAUUUAAUCCAUUUGAUGUUUUAAAGAGUUGUAUAAAGGAAUAUAGUUUAUCGAAGACAAGGAUUAGCUUACGAGCAUCCUGCAGUAUCAUUUUAGGGGUGAAUGUUAUAGGAAGCUUCUGAUAGCAUCUGACAAAGGUAUUGCUUUAACUAUAGCUACCCGCACCAACACAGUAGAGUGUGUGUUUUCACCGCUGGUAGUCUGUUUUAGAUUUAGAUUACCGCCAACAUCACAGUGUCAUAUUUCUGGAGUUUAAGAGUCACAUUUUUAAUCACAAGCACUUCUUCUGCUUACCUAAAUAUGCAGAUAUAUGCUUUCCAUAAAUGUCCCAUAGAGAUCCUGAAUGAAAUUAGAACAUUAGAGAGAACGUUAGUGAAUGUGAACAAGCUAUUGCAGCUCAACCGAGGCAGGAUGUUAAAAGAAGGACCAUAAACCAAACUGAUUACGAGAGGAUUUGAAAUUGUUCGCGAUGUUCUCGCUUGACUCACCUCGAGUGGCAACCUAGAAUAGUAGAGAUAGCGAGUAGCUCGAAUGAAACUACUAGAAGACAGAUUCUACAUAUAGCUAUUGCAAGCUGCAACUAGGAAGGACUCAUACAGAUGUUGCGCGGUCGUGAACCAAUCUCAGAUGAAUGAUAUAUUUUUGAUAAUAAGGAGAAUUUGUGGAAAUUGUGUGGCAGAAUGUUGGUUCUAGGUUUGCGAAAUAGUACGCACGAGAACGUAUUACAGGCGUGUUUUAAAUGUUUAACCUGUUAAUAAAUAAUUCUUGAGCAAGAGCAAAG